AUGAACUCUCUCUCUCCGCUAAAGCCCGCUGGCGAGAACAUCUGGCUCUACGAGCCAACCACGACGGCUAACAAGCCCGUCCCUGAUAAAGAUCCAGCACUCAUCGUCUUAUGUACCUGGCUGGGAGGUGCGACGCCUCGACGGAUAUGCAAAUAUGUGAGCCACCAUCGUCAGCUCUUUCCUGGGUCUGCCAUCCUCCUUAUCACGACCGGUAUGAUCGAUAUCACGAUUCGCUCGAUCAGCGCCAUUCGGUCUCGAUUGAAGCCCGCACGGGAAAUAAUUCGGCGGAUUUUUGGGCUCUAUGGGGGAGGCGCUGGAGGCGCUGAGAGGACCCCCAAAGGAGUGCUUUUGCAUAUUUUUUCCCACGGCGGCAGCAACAUCGCCUUGCAGUUGAUCCUCUCUAUGCAAAAUCCCAGGCACCCGAGCGGCAUCCACAGACUUCCCUUGCAAGGGAUCAUCUUUGACAGUUGUCCCGGAGGCACCACUUUCAUGCGCAAUUAUCACGCGAGCGUUCAUUCCCUGCCGCAUGCUCCUCCGCCUAUACAGUUGCUGAGCAAAGCGCUGCUCUUCCCAGCUAUAGGGGCCGUCACUGGACUUCAAGCCCUAGGGGUCAUGAGUUCCAUCGGCGAGAUGCAAAAGCAGAUUAAUGAUAGCUUGGUGAUCUCUGCUCGCGUCCCGCGGUUAUAUCUCUUCUCGAAAGCGGAUGUGACGAUCUACUGGGAGGAGGUGCAGGCCCAUCUUAACGAUGCUAGAAUCCGGGGCUACAAUGUGUCUAGUGAAAUAUUCCAUAAGAGCCCACACUGUGCUCUGAUAGCUGAAGAUGAGGAACGGUACUGGGGCGCUGUUCAACGGUUCUGGGAACAGAUUGUGGAAGGCAAUGCGCUGGCGGAUAUGAUGACGGGUGAGGUCGCUUUAAGUGUCCCAGCGGGUGUUCGAGGAAGUAAAUUAUGA